AUGUCCCUGGACUCAGGUCCAGGUCUGAGACAUGUCCCUGGACUCAUACCCCAGGCCCCAGGUCUGAGACAUGUCCCUGGACUCAUACCCUAUCCCCCAGCUCCAGGUCUGAGACAUGUCCCUGGACUCAUACCCCAGGCCCCAGGUCUGAGACAUGUCCCUGGACUCAUACACCAGCCCACAGCUCCAGGUCUGAGACAUGUCCCUGGACUCAUACCCCAUACCCCAUCCCCAGUCUUUUACCUCCGACCCCAUCCCUUGUCCUAUACCUCCGACCCCAUCCCCAGUCCUUUACCUCCGACCCCAUCCCCAGUCCUAUACCUCCGACCCCAUCCCCAGUCCUUUACCUCCGACCCCAUCCCCAGUCCUAUACCUCCGACCCCAUCCCCAGUCCUAUACCUCCGACCCCAUCCCCAGUCCUAUACCUCCGACCCCAUCCCCAGUCCUAUACCUCCGACCCCAUCCCCAGUCCUUUACCUCCGACCCCAUCCCCAGUCCUAUACCUCCGACCCCAUCCCCAGUCCUUUACCUCCGACCCUAUCCCCAGUACUAUACCUCCGACCCCAUCCCCAGUCCUAUACCUCUGACCCCAUCCCCAGUCCUAUACCUCCGACCCCAUCCCCAGUCCUAUACCUCCGACCCCAUCCCCAGUCCUAUACCUCCGACCCCAUCCCCAGUCCUAUACCUCCGACCCCAUCCCCAGUCCUUUACCUCCGACCCCAUCCCCAGUCCUAUACCUCCGACCCCAUCCCCAGUCCUUUACCUCCGACCCUAUCCCCAGUACUAUACCUCCGACCCCAUCCCCAGUCCUAUACCUCUGACCCCAUCCCCAGUCCUAUACCUCCGACCCCAUCCCCAGUCCUAUACCUCCGACCCCAUCCCCAGUCCUUUACCUCCGACCCCAUCCCCAGUCCUAUACCUCCGACCCAUCCCCAGUCCCAUACCUCCGACCCCAUCCCCAGUCCUUUACCUCCGACCCCAUCCCCAGUCCUAUACCUCCGACCCCAUCCCCAGUCCUUUACCUCCGACCCUAUCCCCAGUCCUAUACCACCGACCCCAUCCCCAGUCCUAUACCUCCGACCCCAUCCCCAGUCCUAUACCUCCGACCCCAUCCCCAGUCCUAUACCUCCGACCCCAUCCCCAGUCUUUUACCUCCGACCCAUCCCCAGUCCUUUACCUCCGACCCCAUCCCCAGUCCUAUACCUCCGACCCUAUCCCCAGUCCUAUACCUCCGACCCCAUCCCCAGUCUUUUACCUCCGACCCAUCCCCAGUCCUUUACCUCCGACCCCAUCCCCAGUCCUAUACCUCCGACCCCAUCCCCAGUCCUAUACCUCCGACCCCAUCCCCAGUCCUUUACCUCCGACCCCAUCCCCAGUCCUAUACCUCCGACCCCAUCCCCAGUCCUAUACCUCUGA